AUGGCUUCUGGGAUCCGGGGCUCGGUGGCCCGGGGCCUGGGGGAGGACCUGGAGCAGCCUUCCGAGCUACAGGAUGACUCCAGCUCUUUGGGGUCCGACUCCGAGCUGAGUGGGCCCAGCCCAUAUCGCCAGGCUGACCGCUAUGGCUUCAUUGGGGGCAGCUCAGCAGAGCCAGGCCCGGGUCAGCCCCCUGCAGACCUCAUCCGCCAGCGGGAGAUGAAGUGGGUGGAGAUGACCUCACACUGGGAGAAGACCAUGUCCCGGCGGUACAAGAAGGUGAAGAUACAGUGUCGCAAAGGCAUCCCCUCAGCCUUACGAGCCCGGUGCUGGCCCCUACUGUGUGGGGCCCACGUGUGUCAAGAGAACAGCCCUGGCACCUAUCAGGAGCUAGCCUUGGCCCCUGGAGACCCCCAGUGGAUGGAGACCAUCGGCAGGGACCUGCAUCGCCAGUUCCCUCUGCAUGAGAUGUUUGUGUCGCCCCAGGGUCACGGGCAGCAGGGGCUCCUGCAGGUACUCAAAGCCUACACCCUGUAUCGGCCGGAGCAGGGCUACUGCCAGGCCCAGGGCCCUGUGGCCGCUGUGCUGCUCAUGCACCUACCUCCGGAGGAGGCCUUCUGGUGCCUAGUGCAGAUCUGUGAGGUCUACCUCCCGGGCUACUAUGGGCCCCACAUGGAGGCAGUGCAGCUGGACGCCCAGGUGUUCGCGGCCCUGCUGCGGCGGCUGCUCCCACGCGCGCACAAGCACCUGCAGCAGGUGGGCGUCGGGCCCCUGCUGUACCUGCCCGAGUGGUUCCUGUGCCUCUUCGCCCGCUCCCUGCCUUUCCCCACGGUGCUGCGCGUCUGGGAUGCCUUCCUCAGCGAGGGCGUAAAGGUGCUGUUCCGUGUGGGGCUGACACUGGUCCGCCUGGCGCUGGGCACCACCGAGCAGCGCCUGGCCUGCCCGGGGCUCCUGGAGACACUCGGUGCCCUUCGAACCAUCUCCCCGGCCCAGCUGCAGGAGGAGGUCUUCAUGUCCCAGGUGCACAAUGUGGCCCUGUCUGAACGAGACCUACAGCGUGAGAUCCGCGCCCAACUGGGCCAGCUGCCCACGUCAGCACCCGGACCGCCACCUCGGCCACAGGCCCGCCUUGCGGGAGCCCCAGCCAUCUUCGAGGCCCAGCAGCUGGCAGGGGCUCAGGGGGGCUCCAAGCCUGGCCCCCCGGUGCCCCGCAUCGUGGUGCAGCCCCCUGAGGAGCCCAGGGUGCCUCGGCGCAAGCCCCAGACCCGCGGCAAAACGUUCCAUGGACUCCUGGCGCGGGCCCGGGGCCCCCCCCUGGAGGGCUCCCCCAGGCCCCAUCGGAGCUCCACCUCCUUCCUGGACACGCGCUUUUAA